AUGGCUGCCAUAGUGGCUCUAAAUAAUGCUAAUAUAAUGGUUACUAUGAUCAAUAUACCAGAUGGUACUUUACUACUAGUAUUACUAGGUGAAGCUACUGGCACCACAGUUAUUCCAGCAUAUAAUAUUUAUAUGGAUGAGGAUUGGUCUCUUGCUAGGGAUAUUAUCUAUUGGUUUAAAAAAAAUUAUUCUAUAGUUGUUCGAGAGCAACAACAAAUGAUUUUUGGUACUUUGACUCAAGAAUCUGAUUUAUUAGAAUUGAAGCGAUUAGGUUUAAACAGACCUUUGAAUGAUGAUUUGAUUGAAACCUUGAAACAGAUUAAAAUAGAAAAGAAUGACAUACUUUUGGGUGAAGAUAUUUAUAACCAGCCUGCUACUAAGACAAAACCAAAAACGCCUUUUCAUCAGAGUAUUACUACAGAAGAUGUUAAUAGAAUUGAAAAUAUUACUAAGGCUAAUUUACAAGCUGUAGCUAAAUCCUUGCAAGAGACUAUAUUUUGA